AUGAAACGUGAAAAUGAAUUAUUAGAUGCUGUUAAAUCAUCUAAUAUAUCUGCAGUUCAACGUAUUUUAUUAAAAUGUCGUUCAGGAAAAACAAAUAUAGUAUCUCCAAAAAAGAUCAAUCUCAAUUUCCAAGACGAUAAUGGAAUGGGUCCAAUUCAUGAAGCAGCCGUUGGGGGUAAUGUUGAAAUCCUUAAGUUGCUUAUUGAUAAUGGUACCAAUGUAAAUUUAAAAGAUAAUAAAGGUCUUCGUCCAUUACAUUAUGCAUCAUGGCAAGGUCGUACUGAACCUGUUUUUAUACUUUUACGUCGUGGUGCUAAUGUAAAUGAACAGUCAAUAAAUGGUGAUACACCAUUACAUUUAGCAAGUCAAUAUGGUCAUAAUGAUAUAGUACAAUUACUUUUAUUUCAUCAAGCUGAUCCAACUAUAGUAAAUCGUCGUUUAUUAACAUCACUUGAUUUAGCAUGUGAAAAUGGACGUUUUGAUGUUGUUAAUUCACUUGUACAAAAUUCAUUAUGUCAAAGAAUGAUAUUAAAUUCUAAUGAACAAAUUUGUUCAUUACAUUUAGCAGCUAAAAAUGGACAUACAGAUAUUGUUCGUUUAUUAUUAUUAAAUGGAAUGGAUAUUAAUCGUAUAACAAUUAAUGAUGGAACAGCAUUACAUGUUGCUUGUAGAAAUGGACGUUAUGAAACAGCUAAAUUAUUAUUAGAAUGUGGCAUUGAUAUUAGUCUUUAUAAUUCAUAUGAACAAACAGCAGAUGAAGUUGUUAUUAAACAAAAAACUGGAAAUGAUAUAAAACGAUUAAUAAAAGAAUUUUCUGAUGCAGUAUUAGUUCGUGCAAUUCGUUCAUAUACAGAUAAUCAUGUUGGAGCAUUGAAUUUUUCUGAAGGAGAUUGUAUUACAGUUUUGGAAAGAAAUCCAUCAGGUCAAUGGCGUGGUUUUAUUCUUCAAGAAGAUUUAACUACACGAAUGGGUUAUUUUCCUAGUACACAUGUUCAAUUGAAUAAUACUAGUUUAUCUACUUUUCGAAAAACUCAUCUUUCGCCUGUCAAUAUCAAUAACAAUAUUCGAUUGUUGACAGCUUCAACAUCAAUUACCAAUAACAAUGUUGUUUUAAGACAUCAUCGUCCUAGUUUAAUUAAUGGUAAAGAUAUACGUCAUACAACAUCCGAUGAUAUUCAUCGAACACAACAAUAUAAUGGAGAUUUAUCUCCUGUUGAUAGUGAUUCGUUAUCACGUGUAUCACAAGCUGAUUCUGGUUUAGUAACAACAUCAAGUUGGAGUUCACGUUCAAGACGUGAUAGUCCAACAAGUAAUAGUUAUCGUCAUAGUGCAGCAAGUAGUAUUGAUAGUGGUAGAAGUUCAACAGCU